AAAGGCAAGCUGGGCUAUGGUGAUGUUGUGGCUGUAAAGCUAUCGUUAAUUUUGUCGAUGAAGAUAGAAGUUUUUUUGCUGCCUUCGCUGGUAUAUAUUGCUAACAUCGAUGUUAGCAACUAUUAGCCUGUUCGUGUAAAUGCUAUUCACUAGAAUGGACCUGUUGAACUCUCAGUUCCUGGACAAGAUGAACAAUAACAUUGGGAGACUGCACUACGAAGGUUAGUUUGCUUGUUGCCACGUGUGUUUAUAUUGUGUAUUUAACUUCUUCGUGGAACUAAUACGUUGCGGUUUCCCUAGAAUUAUCAACAUAAAUGUGUUUAAGUGUUUUUUGGUUAAAGACUGACGUUGACUUUCGCCUACCCUGUGGCUAGAGUCAAGCACACGACUUUUAGGAGAUUGCAGGAUAAGUCGGCAAGUUUCAACUCAUACUGUCAACUGGGGAUAAAGUGGACGCUUGUGUGUAUGUUUCACUUCUUAGUGAAGAAUACUAGAACUUUUGUGGUCAAUGUAACGUUACAUUUUUAAUACCGGAAAUACGACCAUCAAUGACACAUUCGUUGUCCUUUCCUCAUAACAUGAUUAUAAACCCUCGUAUUUAGCAUGCUAGAAACUGCACACAGACCUAAGAAGUAUCCACAAAAAUUUGUAUAAGGUCCAGAAAAAUAACAGCAAACACCACAAAUUAUGCCUUAUUUGAUGCAGCAGGGUCAACUAAGACUGUUUACACCAUAAUCCCUCAAGAAAUCUUUAGAAUAAAGUAAACACAGUUUUGCCAGCAAAAUGUCUUGACCAUAACAGUGUAUGUAGUUGUUCUUGUUGUUGUACACAGAAUUUCCUCAGUUUUUAGGGAAUGAUUUUACUUUUUCGAUCAAAGUUGCCUUCAGAAAUCAGUUCCAUCUCUGAAGACUGAACAAAGUGCUCAUCUUUCCGUACUUGGGGAUGUCAGCAGGGUAAUCCGGAUCACAAUUUGGUAGCCAGGCAUUUGCAGAUAUUUUUAGGAUGAAAUGUCUAAGUAAAAUGCGCUUAACUGAACUAUUUUCUACUUUGUGGAAUUAUGUACGUGUUUCUAGAUUUAAUCUAAAUUUAAAGAAACUAUAAGGAACUUUCAUUUUGUUUAUUCUGUGAACAAAGCGGUAGUGUUUCCACCGCCUUGUGUCUUUAAAGAUCUGCCUAGCGCGUGUUGUUUUGGAAGCGAGUGAAAGAAAGACGCAACUUAUUUUUUAAUACUAUUUUUUCUUUUUUAAACACAGCUGUUGCAGGAUGCAUAGUGAUGAGGUAAUGUAUCUAUUUGUGGCUAUGCAAGAUUAAUAACUAAUACGACGAUGUUGAAACAAAGUAAACGUUUUUUUAGUACCGUUCAUACACCUGAGUUACAUGUAAGCCUACAACUAAUAGAUUCAGUUGCUCGGUAAUAGUAAUUUUGUUGAGAAAGCUAAAGUUAUCAACAUUCCUUAGUUAAAUUAUGUCUUCAUAAUAAUAAUCCGACAACAAGAUAUAGCUCGGUAGCAUGGCCAACGUUACGAGUUGUAUUACAGACGUAAUGUCCACCGUGACCUACACCUCCAUGGACUGUACGCAGACAAAUACAGUAGACAUAUUACAUACCUGUCUAGGAAGAAGAGGGCCAAUUCAGGAUUUGUUUUGAAUCAUUUUAAAUCCCUCAGUUCUCUCCAUCUGUUGAAUAACAGACCAGGGUUGACACGUGUUUUCGCCUGUGCUCUAUCGCUGUCCCCCUUUUUUUUUUGUUCUUAGGUCAAUUCUUUUCUUUUUCUCUUUGCUGAUCCUGCCCCCAGUAUCAGCCAUAACCACAAAAUUUAACAUCAAAAAUAAAAUUCUCUAAAGAAAAAUCAGCUCCUGCUUCCAUUUAACUGGCUAACGUACUACUCACUGCAAAACUUUGCCUGGGAUAAUGUAAACAUAGGCUCUUCCGCUAUGCGUGGUGCGCGACCUAAAUCAAUUUGUCUAAUUUUGUGGGGAAUUGGACCCGGUGACAGGCAUUUAGAAUACCUAUAUAGAAAUAGCCAAUCUUCUCGCUGAUGUUCUUGUUUGCUUAUGUAGGUCAUAUAGAGGCAUCAGUAUUAAAUUGGGACUGUUUCAUAACCAGUUUAAAAACUCCUUGUAGUUGCUUUAAUUUGAUUAUUUGUACUGCUGAUUCCUUUCCCACAGAUGAGUCCAGGACACCAUCCCUGCCCACUGCUAUGUCCAACAUAACUGGGCCUCCUUCCCACUGCCCAAGCAAACGGAAGUAUGGCGAAGAACAAAUGGACGACCGAAUCAACUGUAAUGAUGACCACAUGACCAAAAUGAGCAGAUUGUUUGCCACUCAGCUGGCCCGUCCCUCUGCUGGAGACAACCGUAAUGAGCACUGGAGCCUCAGUCACACUCCUGUGGAGCACAUUACUUCCUCCAACGGUCUCCAUGGGAACCACCUGUAUGCUUCCAUAUCUGGCUAUGCUGUAGACCAGCCUCUGGCGCUGACCAAAAGCAGCAACGACAUUGGAGUUGGGGCCAGAGAGAGGUCUGUCAUGAGUGGGACUGUAGAGCGGCAGCAGAAUCGUCCCUCCGUUAUUACCUGUGCCCCUGCCAGCAACCGCAAUUGUAAUCUCUCACACUGCCACAUGAAUGGCUGCUCACCCAGCCAACCUGCUGAUGAGAGGAAGACCAAUGCUAACACAGAAAGUGAUCCUGUGAUUGAGGAGCACUUCCGCCGCAGCCUUGGAAAAAACUACAAAGAAGCGGAGCCUGUGUCCAACUCAGUGUCCAUCACAGGUUCAGUGGAUGACCACUUUGCCAAGGCGCUGGGAGAUGCCUGGCUCCAAAUCAAGGCCAAGGGUGGGGGUCAUCAGACCCCAGAGGCAGAUCCUUGAAGCAGAGGGGAGUAAACAUUACAAUCACUUCGUUAGUGUUUUCAUAUGAGAGUGGAGAUUGCCCACUGUCCUUUCUUGCCAAGCAUCAACUUCCCUUAGCCAAGAACAAUGUAAGACAUAUGGUGCUUACUUAGGCGGUUCCCUUGUAGACCUCGAGGUCAACCUUUUAUUAGAACACUCAGCUCAGAUUUAUACUCUAAAAUUGACAGCGUCUCUGUGUUGAAGAAGAGAACAUAAAUAUUGCAUAGCUGGGUUGACAUACUGUACAAUCAAACAUUUUAUUUUGCAUUGAUAAGAUUCACAAAGUGGUCAGUUGUUAGGAGCUUGUGUUCUGUUUUACCUGCCUUGAUAGCCAAAGAAAUUCCCUGCCUUUUCUAUAGACAUAUAAGCCAUAGAUCUGGUUUUUACUUUUUUCAUAAUAAAAUCACACUGCUUUUUAAUCUAUAUUACUUGAAAAUGACAUCCAGGUCACAUUUGCGCUAUUACGUUUCUGGUCGUUUAGGCAGCAGGUUACCUGUUUACCCCCCCCCCCCACACACACACUUUUCUGAAGAUUGUCUUCUUUGUGAUCCUGAACUAGACUAUCCACUGUUAACUAAAUAAUUUUAGGUUCCUCUCUAUAUGCUCACUGUGGCUGAUUACUUAGUGAACUAAUAUCAAUCAUAGUAGAUGUGUCUAACUAGAAAGCAUGUUUCAAAUAGCUGGUUUCUAUUACAAACCUUAUUCAAUACUAUAUAUUUACUCAGAAUUUAUUUUUUAUCUGACAUUUUAGAAAUACUCACUGCUGGUACAGUUGUACUCCAAUAUAUUUUUUGUAUCUGGUUUUCAUUACUAUAUGUAGGUGUAUAUUGUAGCAUCCAUCUACAAAUCACAGCCUCUGGAAAGGUUGUCUGAAUGCAGCUUAAAGGCUAUAUUGCUUUGUUAUUCUGUGGAGCUGGAUGCUAGAGCUUUAUACAUGACUGAAUACAGCUAAAUCCGACCUUCUGUAGCACAGUCUAUUAGCAGUGGCUUUAUUUAUUCUGAACAUGUCGAUAGUUUAAUGUUGACUUUUGGCAAAACAUAGUGACAACAGAAUUCUGACUUUGAUUUGUUUCUUUCUAAUGAGAUCAACAGAUGAUGUCUUCAUUGUUUCAAUGACAAAGCAGUUGAUUUCCCUUAAAACUAACUCCUUAAUUCACGAGUAGGCAUCAACAUUCCUCCAUGACAGCCUGACACUUAUCAGUGCCUUCAGUUGUGUUUAGCAAGCACACCUGAAGUGACCAGUAUGUUUGUCUUUUUUUAAUCAAGGUGAUGUCAUGGUGUGAGCUGCUAAAAUCUGUUUAUUAUGGAGAAAAGGUUUUUUUUGUGGAGUUUUUGUUUAAAUUAAUUUCUCACCCUUCUGAAAUUCUCUAAUACUAGCAUAACCUAUUUGUCAACACUGAUUUAAGAUACGGUAUUGUAAAUUCUCAUUUUUUUGUAUGUCAAUUAACUGUCUGUGAAAACAUACAUUUGUAUUAAUAUUCUACAGUUUUUAAAUUGUUACAUACACUUAUCCUGUCUUUAUAUUUUAUUUUACUCAUAUAAGACUAUCAUUGCGCCGCGCGGAAUGAUCAUAGAUAUUUUGUUUCUAUUCAGAGUAGUUUCCUCAUAUGUAGCAUGGGUGUUCAUUAAUAUUCUAACCAUGCUUUCUUAUCUUUCUAAAAGUUAAUUAUUUUCCCACAACUGUUCAGAUGUUGAAUAAGUGCAGGAACACAACAGUCUUUUGAUCAAAGACUUUCUUGGUGUCAGAAAGACUUCUGUACCAGUUUAAAGAGUUUGUUUAGCUUUCUGUGUGUACCAUAGUGGAAUUUAGGGAUUAUCAUGAAAUCUGCUUGUUUGACACAAGUAGAUUUUUCAGUAAUAUGUUUGGGGUAUUAGUCCAUUGUUAUUUAAUUGCUGUACUUAGACUACCCGUAUCUCAAAGACUGUUUGCAGUAAGGACCUGCUCCAAGUGUCAUCCACAUAGAAAAAAGAAAGUUGUUCACUUUUGUCCUUAUUUCUUUGGAAGAAAAUGCCACUGUUUUUUACUUAAUUUCUUCCAAAUAAACAUACAAAUGCCUACCAUUGCA